CAAAAACAUUCCAGUUCUGUUAAAUUGCAAGGGCCUCUUAUUGUAUCCUAGUUAGUAACUGUAUUUGUAAAUCAUUUUAUUCUCUAUUGCAUUUACACAUUUAGGACAUUUAGUACUUCAAUAGCACCUGCUGGUGGAAUCCUCAAACUGCAAAUGCACAGAGUUUUCAAACCCAGAGUUGAAUUUUUGGUCAGUGAUAUUGUGAUUGUUGGCUAAAUUAUAAACUUAAGUGCAAAUUAUUUUAAACCACUCCAACAUCUUUCCAUUCCAACAGUUAGUGGUGUUUUGCAAAUCAUAAAUAUGCGUAAAGAAAAAGCCUGUUAGCCUUUUUUGUGUGGCUGAUUGUUUUGGAGUUUAAAUGUAUAUAUUUUUUUUUUCUGUUUUAUAUUUGUACAAAGGGGACUUUGAUAUAAUCCAGCCUGCUUCAUAUGAUGUUGAAAUUAAUUGGAAAAAUAAAUAAAUAAAUAAAUAAAUAAGUGCUGUGCGAUCAUAAUUCCAGCUCUGACUUCCCCUCUCGUCUGUGUGGUCGAGGUUUGUGUUUCCGCUCUCAGUACGAGAUGUUUGAAUGAUCACUAUAGCAGAUAUUAUUCAUCUGGAUCAGAUCAUGAAGAUCAUACAGCUGCAGAUCUAUCUGUUCAUGUUGUAUCAAGCCACAGAGAGUCUAACACACAUACCAGUAACUUUAGGAUCUGAUGUGAAUAUAACCUGUGAUCUUGAUAUAGAGGAGAUUUACUGGUACAAACUGAAAUUACCGGAUCCUCCAGUGUUGAUGUUACGCACUUAUGAUAGCACAGUUGAAGGAGGUGAAUAUGAAAACAGCAUCUCUAAACACAAAUACUCAGUGAAAACUAACAGUCGUCUGUUCAUCAAGAAUAUCACCAUUGAUGAAUUAGGAGUUUAUUAUUGUGUGAAAACUAGUGAACCACUAAAAUUCAACAACGGCACCAAAAUCUACAUCAGCGACUUUGUCCAAAAGAAUAUUACAGACUCGGUCCACAGGAAUCAGACAGAUGACGCUCCACAACACCAGAUACCAUGGAGAAAUAUGACCAUCUUCAUAUCUGUCCUGCUGAAUGUGCUUCUGACCAUUGCAUUAAUAAGUGUGGUGAAGAACUGCCUUCAUGCAACUAGAACAUCUAAAAAUAGUUCAGAGAAACCCCCAAGUACCACUGCAGCUCAGUAUGCUGAAGUCGAAUCAUCCGUGGCUCCCGGUGGAAGCAGGCCUUGCCAGGAUCAGACCUACUCUCUUCUACAGCCAGUCAAAACGUAAUAAUGUAUGAUAUUUAAUGAUUUAUAAUAUUCAUAAU